GACCUUGCAUCUUCAGAGGUCCACUGUCUGCAUACCUCACUCGAUAUCCUCUGAGCACCUGGGAUACGAAGAGUGUUUUCGCUGGCAUGGGCUCACGCUCUUGUCUUGUGCUACGUGGGGUCUGAGCAAGGAGAGGGGGUUGGGGGGCUCAUGGCCCCUUUCCUGGCCGCCAUGGUGUCUCAUGAAGCCACAAGCUCAGCCCUGGGCAGCCCAGUGACGCUGCAGGUAAAGGCCACACCGGAGCACGGCAGCGGGAACGAGAGCCAGCCGGAGGUCGUCAUCGACAACUCUGCUCCGCCAUUGGCCGUGAGCUCUGGUAGCAGUGAGGAGCUCUUCUGCCGGAUCUGUCACGAGGGCAGGGGGGCGGAGCAGCUGCUGUCCCCGUGCGAGUGCUCUGGCUCGCUGGCGUCGGUGCACCGCAGCUGCCUGGAACGCUGGCUGACGGCCUCCAGCACCGGCCGCUGCGAGCUGUGCCGCUUCGAGUUUGCCCUAGAGCGGCAGCCCAGGCCACUCACUGAGUGGCUGCAUGCCCCGUCUAUGCGCUACCAGAGGCGAACGCUGUGUGGGGACGCCCUCUGCUUCACGUUCAUCACGCCGCUGGCCUCUCUGUCGGGGUGGCUCUGUGUACGCGGAGCCGUGGAUCUUUACCACAGCAACAGCAUGGAGGCUGCGGGUCUGCUGGUCCUUACCGUCGCCCUCCUCGCCAUCUACCUCUUCUGGACGACCGUUUCCCUGCGAUACCAUGUCCACCUGUUUGAGAUGUGGAGGCAGACGAAUCAGCGAGUGCGACUCCAGAUUCCUCGGCCUGAGGGCCUCCCCUGUGGCCGACUGGAACCACUGCCAUGCCCCCCCAGCAAGGACCCCAGCAAGAAGACCGUGGUGUAGCCCCACUUAACACGGCCGCUUUAAGGAUGGACCUUGGAAUAUUUAAAAUUUGUAUAGUUCAACUUAUCGUUAUUUUUAAUGGCUCUGAAAAAUUUAACAGGUAAUAAAACUGAUUUUGGAAAAUUGAGGGUGGAAUGCAAGGCACCUGCCAGAUUUACUUCUGGACGAAGCUACGUCG